AGUCACCAGUCUGUGGUUGAGGAAGGGUUUUGCUUUUUGUGCUCUGUACUGGGAAGGCAGAUAAAAUGCCAGGUCUGGACUGCCUCUGGGGAUAACCUCACCCUGUGGGAUGUGAAUGAAUAGCAUCUUGCCUGGUAAAUCCACAGAAAUUGAUAAGGCAGGCGCAGUUUUCCCAAACAGGCCUUUUCUCUUUAAGCUCUAGCUGUGGUUUCUGCAGCAAUUUUGUUUUUGCCUUGAAAAGAGGUGCUCUGGAUUUUCAGACCUCCAUGUAUGACAAUUUGUACCUGCAUGGAAUUGAAGACUCGGAGGCUGAAGAAUAAUGUGAUGUGUUACCCAAGAUGGUGUGAACAGAGCUUCAAGCCAAUGGAGAAGACUAGGCCUAAAUAGCUGACCUGGUGAAGUGACACAUAAAGCCACACCUGGAGUGCCACCUCCUCAGCAGUCUUUCUCAGUGCCAAUGCAUUUAUGGCUGGUUCAGCGGAUUCGUACACAAGCAGGCCGUCUGACUCCGAUGUCUCUUUGGAAGAGGACCGGGAAGCAAUUCGACAGGAGAGAGAACAGCAAGCAGCUAUCCAGCUUGAGAGAGCAAAGUCCAAACCUGUAGCAUUUGCCGUGAAGACGAAUGUGAGCUACUGCGGCGCCCUGGAUGAGGAUGUGCCUGUUCCGAGCACAGCCAUCUCCUUUGAUGCUAAGGACUUUCUACACAUUAAAGAGAAAUAUAACAAUGAUUGGUGGAUAGGAAGGCUGGUGAAAGAGGGCUGUGAGAUUGGCUUCAUUCCAAGUCCACUCAGAUUGGAGAAUAUACGGAUUCAGCAAGAACAAAAAAGAGGACGUUUUCACGGAGGGAAAUCAAGUGGAAAUUCUUCUUCAAGUCUUGGAGAAAUGGUAUCAGGGACAUUUCGAGCAACUCCCACAUCAACAGCAAAACAGAAGCAAAAAGUGACGGAGCACAUUCCUCCUUACGAUGUUGUGCCAUCAAUGCGUCCGGUGGUGUUAGUGGGGCCAUCACUGAAAGGUUAUGAGGUAACAGACAUGAUGCAGAAAGCCCUCUUUGAUUUCCUGAAGCACAGGUUUGAUGGGAGGAUAUCAAUAACAAGAGUGACAGCUGACAUUUCUCUUGCUAAGAGGUCUGUCCUAAAUAAUCCCAGCAAGAGAGCAAUAAUUGAACGUUCGAACACCCGGUCCAGCUUAGCGGAAGUACAAAGUGAAAUUGAAAGAAUCUUUGAGUUGGCAAGAUCUUUGCAACUGGUUGUUCUUGAUGCAGACACCAUCAAUCACCCAGCACAACUUAUAAAGACUUCCUUAGCACCGAUUAUUGUUCAUGUAAAAGUCUCAUCUCCAAAGGUUUUACAGCGGUUGAUUAAAUCUAGAGGAAAGUCACAAAGUAAACACUUGAAUGUUCAACUGGUGGCAGCCGAUAAACUUGCACAAUGCCCCCCAGAAAUGUUUGAUGUUAUAUUGGAUGAAAAUCAGCUUGAGGAUGCGUGCGAACAUCUAGGGGAGUACCUGGAGGCAUACUGGCGUGCCACCCACACAACCGGGAGCACACCCAUGACCCCACUGCUGGGAAGGAAUUUGGGCUCCACGGCACUCUCACCAUAUCCCACCGCAAUUUCUGGGUUACAGAGUCAGCGAAUGAGGCACAGCAACCACUCCACAGAGAACUCUCCAAUUGAAAGACGAAGUCUAAUGACCUCUGAUGAAAAUUAUCACAAUGAAAGGGCUCGGAAGAGUAGGAACCGCUUGUCUUCCAGUUCCCAGCAUAGCCGAGAUCAUUACCCUCUUGUGGAAGAAGAUUACCCUGACUCAUACCCGGACACUUACAAACCCCAUAGGAACCGAGGAUCACCCGGGGGAUAUAGCCAUGACUCCCGACAUAGGCUUUGAGUCCGAUGAAACAAAAAAUAUUCACCUGUUGACAAUUUGCCAUAGCAGUUCUAGGAUAAACCAGUCAUCUUAACUUGGCUAACACGGCACAGUAUUUACUGUGCUAAUGGGCUGCUGUCAUUUGAUGCUAAGUAAGGGGCAAAAAAAAAAAAAAAAAAAAAAAAAAUUACAUUAUGCCCUUGAGUCUAGAUGGAUAUUAGAUGCCCGAUCAUAUAGAUAUUUUUAAGUGCAACAUUUACAUGAUAACAGUACAUUUUGUUUUCUUCAUAGAUUUAGACACAUCAAUUUGUAAUUUAGGGUACUUAGAAGGCACAUAUAAAAUAAUUUCCCAUGCUGGAAAUUCCAAAUGACCAGUUCCAGUUGGAACCAAUUUAUAAACCAAUUCCUGUUGGAAUUUGGGUAAAUUGACUAGGAAGUCUGCUUGAGCAUGUUGCAAUGAUUGAAAAAUCUUGGGGAAAAAAAAAACCCUAAUGAUAAGAAAAUCAAAAUACCAAUAGAAACCAAAUCCAGCUUUGGUAUUUAUUUGCUGGGAGCUAAAUUUACACUUAAAGUUGGAAUGUAUAAACAUUUUAAUAUAUGUUAAUGUUGCCAGAAUGACUUUUCAGACUUACCAAAUGUAUUGAUAGUGCCAAAAAAUCUCAGAAAUCUUAAUGCAGAAAUUAUAUUGUCUCCUCAGAUUUUAAUAUUUUUAUUUCUUUCCUGGCACAGCUGUUGUAUUCAAAGUGUUUUGCUUUUUGUUUAGUCAGUACUGUUAGCUUGUUUGAAGUUGGCAAAAACAAACAAGGAAAAAAACCUCAAAAUUUUUUCAGCAGUGAGAGGGAACAGUAAAGAGAAGCCCAAACAUAGCUGGUUAUAUGAAAUAUAAAAUGGGGUGGUGUUCUCCCUUUAAUUAAUCUGAUCACAACUGCAUACAUCCAGGAAUCUGAAGUCAGAUGGUAAGGAUGUGGUACCAAUCCUCCCGAGUGCAAUGCUAAACACUUGCAAAUGGGAAUUCAUCUAUUCCACUUAACACAAAUGCAGGGUCAGUAUUUCCUGCCAACACGAUUGAGUAUCUUCCCAUUGCUUCUCUCAGUCUCUGUCUUUGGAUAUCUGAAUGUUCUGGCCCUUCAACAAAUUCUUUAAAUCAUGCUAAAGAUUUUUGUUUUACGUGGACACAUUCAAUUUUGAUGUUCAAGAGGUGUUUUUUUUUUUUUUUUUUUUUUUACAAAGUGACUAAUUGAAAAAAGUUAAAACAAAUGAUGAUUUUAAAAGCUUGCAGCAAAAAACAAACUCAUAGAUUCAGAAAAUAUUUGUUGACUAAAAUUAUAGCAUUUUUAAUGCAGAAAAUUAUGAAGAAUUUGGAGGUUGAGCCACCUUAUUUCUAAUGAACACUCCUCUUCAUCUUAUUAAGUCUUCACAGUUUUCCUGUGGCUAUGAUUAUGGAAUUGGUGACCUAUGUUUUACAUAGUAAGGAAGCCUUAGAUUCUCUAUGAUCCAAGAAAUUAUUGAAAUUGACCCUUUUUACACAAAUGUCUUUGAAAAAAAUAACUCUUGUUUCUAAAGGUCCACAAUGCAUGCAUUUUCUAAAACCCCAAUAAAUCCAGGCAUAAAAGUCCUUUUCUGCUAGUACAUGUCAUGAAGCCUAUUUUUGAAAAUAAUGAUAAUUAAUUUUAUAUUCUGUUUUCCCCAAGCUUGUCAAUAUUUAGGCACUCAAAGCAUGCACCAGUUCAGUAAUCUUCUUGACCAUGGAAAUAAGUUCCAUAUUAUUGAUUAGUUAUACAUAUCUUGAACCCCAUUACAACCUCACCACAUGCCCUCUGCCUUUCUGUUCACUGUAUGUACCCCAUUAUGAACCUGUUUAGCUGAUAAUGAGGAUACCUAUAAUUCUGUAAGUCAUUUCAAAUAUUUGAUACAAUUAAAAAAUAUGGGCUUAGUAAAUUUUAAAAGUUAAUAUGUGAUACUGGCUUGUGAGAUUCUUCUGUCAUCUAGUGAGGCUUAUAAAACUUUCAGUUAAGACAUUUUAAAAGAGUUAUAUCCAUUAGGCACUUUAAUAAACAUAUAACCUGCCAUUACUGAAUACUUUGUUAGAACACAGAAGAGCAUCUUCCAGCAAACAAAAAUAUAUUUAUUACAUGUACAGCACAUACUUGCAUGAGAAAGAAAACAUUAGCCAAAACAUUUUUCUAUAUGCUUUGCUGGUUUCUUGUUUGUGCGCAUUAAAGUAUUUAAUUGCAAAGAGUGCACCAAGGUGUAUAAAUUUAGACUAGACAGCUGUUCAGCUUUUUCUGUAGUAGCAUUAGCAAUUUGGUCAUUUAACUACUUUAAGAUAUUUACAUUUUAUGGCAGGUAGCUGUAACAGCAUUUACAUAUAUUUCCUAGUCAUCAAGAUUACCAUCUUCUUUCAACUUUUUUAAAGUCACUUGUUUUUAAAGGCCUCUCAAAGCCUUGUUUCUAGUCUUCCAUGUCAUGCUGAUAAAAGAGAGGCUCAUUCAAUAUCUGUGCACAAAACCAAUUUAUUAUUUACCAUCAGAUGUCCAUACCUGUUUUGCUUUGCAUUCUUAUUCAAAAGCAAAUAAUCUUGGAAAAGGUAUAAUGUAUAUUUUAUUGAUGGAUACAUUUAAAUGUUUACUUUAAUUUGGCAUAUUCUUUCCCCUUCCUUCUGCAAUAAGUUUAUCUUCCUCAAAUAAGGGAUAUACAUCUUAUUUUUUUUAAAGAUUUAAGAGUUUAUUGUGUAAAUGAUACUUAAAAUCUAGAUAUAUACUAAAUGAAAAGUUUUAUUUUUGCCAAGCACAUCAAGCACCUUUGAAAAAUACAUAUUCCAUAAAUACUUUGUUUUUAAUUAAUUUUAUUUAAAGAUAACAAAAAAUAUAAGCAGGAAAAGCAAGUCUUUUACUGUUUUGAAGCUGUUUUCCAGCAUAUGCCACAUACUAGAAUUCUGUAAUUUCAGUUACAGACAUAUAACAAUGUGGAGUCAUGUAACAGUGUAGAAAUGUAGUACUGGAAAAAAGGGAAUGCAAUUUGUCAAUCCUGAUGUUAACUCUCAAGGGUAUAAUGUGACUCUAAUAUUAUAACCAACAACAUUAUCUUAUUUAAUAUUUAAAGCAGCACUUAGAAUUGUUUAUAAAUGAUGAUUCUCUCUUAUCUUUAUACAGUUCUAUUGGAGAGAAGGUUGAAAUUGUUAACAAUUUAGACUGAUGAUCUUUCCUAAUAAGAAUCUUAAUUUUGUGACUAUAUAAGUCAUUGCAGUUAAUCUUUAAUGAAAUGAAUUUUACUAACGUGAAACAAAUCCUGAGACAACUAUUUGUUCCCUUUAAAUAAUUUGCUAUUUAAUUAUUAUUGUUGUUGUUUGCAAAAUGUAUUUUUGGAAUGUUAACCUCUUUUCAUACCUGCAUACUUGAACUUGUCUUUUGUGUGGGGGCCUUAAAAUUCAUAAUAGGAAGUGGAAGCAGUGAAAGGAAGUAAGGAAAGGAAAUUAUGCCAAAAGAUGGUUUGCAAAUUUAAACUCUUUAAAUGAACAUAUCACAAAAUGUUGUUUAGACCCAGGAUGUCCAUUAAGAAUGUUUCUUGGCAACCUUAAUUUGCAUGUUAGUAUAUAUUUUCUUAAACAGUUUUAUUUUGGUAUUUGCUUAAAAAAUGUAAUACCACUAUAGAAAUUACCCUAUGUAUGGAUAUAUUUACUACCUCUUCUCUAGAGAAGACAAUCUGUCUUUAAAGAGAAAAACACUUGUCAAUAAGUAGUGAUCAAAUUUAUUACUAUUCUGGCUAACCUUGCUGCAAAGCUAAAUGCAUAGAGUGUUAAAAUACGCCUUCCCUUUAGAUUUUAAACUGUUUCCAAAAUGCUCUUGGCACCCUUUUCGUUUCUUCCAUGUUAGCACGGUUUUCUUGAACUGGUUUACAGUUUAUCAUGAGGCAAGGUUAAUUUUACAGAUAAGUCAUCACAGGGAACACAAACCGCAAGGGGAUUGCCUUUGUGUGCAACUUGUUAUAAUAUCUAGCUGUAAGUCUAAAAGACAGUAGAGGUCCAGAGACUAUGUUUAAGGGCAGCUGGUUUGCAAAUUCACAUUUUAUUGGUCCUUGACUUAUACAGAGACCCAGAGCAUGACUUAGCCAUUUACUGGGUAAGGAUAUGCAUUAUCUUGGACUCCCAUGUAAUUGGAAUAAACUUCAUAUCAAUGUUUCAAAUAAAUGCUAUGUACCCCUUAUUCCUUUUAUAUUUCUGCCUUUGUCUUUUAUGACAAUGUUGCAUGUUGUUUUUUUUUAAUUAUAUAAAACCCAUUCUUGAAUGACUAUAUGAAUGAAAACUUUAUAGGAAAUUAUGUAAUAAAAUCUGUUUUAUUCAUUUCUCAUACCUUUAAAUACUGUCAAUACUGUAACUGUUCCUACAUUACUUACUCAAGCUGUGUCUAUGGGGCAGAGAACAGUCCUCUUCUUUAAAAUGAUAAUCAUGAUCAAACCAGUCAAGUCAAUUAGCUGUUAGACAAUAAGGAUGACCUUCUUUUUGACUUAAGCAGUCAAGUUAGUCAAAAUAGUAAAAUUGGCUUACAUAGAUACCCAGAACAAUGGCAUUCAAAAAUUACUUUUAAAAGGUUUUUUCUUUUAUUAAAAUGGCCUUUCUUAAAUGAAAUACAUCCUUUGAUAGCAACUAUCUCUUUUUACUUGUAGAUCAUUAAUUCUAAAUGCUUCAUGUAAUUGAGGGAUAUUAUGAGAAGACUAGAAAGUAUCUCAUCAGAUAAUCCUAAGGGUUGUAACUUCUACUUGCCAUAAACAAAGUAUAAUUAAGAGUGAGUAGCAACUGGUUUGGGGGAGUCAUAGUUAUAGUUUGUUUCUCAUGAUACACCAUUUGCAGAAGGAUGGUAGAAAAUGUUACUGAUGAAUUUAGAGUGGUUUGGGAGAAUAUACUGAUACUUCCUCAUUUGAAAAUUAGGAAGAGUGAAAAGGGGAACUAAGAACCAGUAGGGGCUGGCCUCUAGCUUUUCAAUACUUCGUAAGUGUUCUUGGUUAUGUUUUGAACACUUAAAUUUCUCAACAAAUGGCAAUGUCUAUAUUUAUGUAGGGGCCACUCUUACCCUAUUUGCAUGCCACUUUCACACACUUUUAACUGAAAUCAGUGUGAAUUCUGUAUGCAUAAGGGAUGUAUUAAAGAUGCGGGAUCGUUAACGCUAUCUUGUUGCAUACUAUUUUUCAUAUGCCUUACAAUAUUUUCUGGGACGUUAUUAAAAUGAAAGCAUUUUAUUGCCAAAACAAAUCUAUGUUGUUACUUAUAAUCUGCAUUAGCAGUAGAAAAAUAAUGUAGCAAAAACAUAUAUUGUACAGUACAAAAUUAUAAAGUAUAUAUUUUGCCAAUAUGAAAAUAGAUUGAGGAGAAAGAAGCACAUUUGUUAUAGCACAAACUUAUAACAAAAUCCACUGUUAAAUCUGGCGGUCAUAUUUUUUAAAAGUAUGUCCAUUUAGUUCUAAGUUUUAUCAGAUUUACUUCAUCUACCAUCUUUUAAACUUGCUGCUUGAUACUUUUCUGGGAAUUUAUUUCAUAGCCUUGCAAUCUGUGGAUGUAAUUUCUUUUGUUUUAUUCCCUUCCACAAAACUUAUUAAAUUUUAUUUUGUGAUAACAUUCA